UGGGGGAAGGGCGUGCUGAUGUCACAGACAAGUAAAAAUAGUACUUCUAGUUUAGAGACUGCAAAAAUAUGAAUGCCCCAUGCCGCCACAUUAUCUCCAUUCCUCCAGUGCCCGCCUGACACUGGCUCUGAAUCAGGGCUGGAGGGGGCAGGCAUUUCUCAUUUACUAAAGUGCUGGAUGCAGCCCUUGAGGUUCGGCAGAAGCAGAAAGCUGCGUCUUGAAAGCGCCAAAAGCAGUAGCUGCUGAGCCAUGGCCGAAGGGGAAAUCACCACCUUCACAGCCCUGACCGAGAAGUUUAAUCUGCCUCCAGGGAAUUACAAGAAGCCCAAACUCCUCUACUGUAGCAACGGGGGCCACUUCUUGAGGAUCCUUCCGGAUGGCACAGUGGAUGGGACAAGGGACAGGAGCGACCAGCACAUUCAGCUGCAGCUCAGUGCGGAAAGCGUGGGGGAGGUGUAUAUAAAGAGUACCGAGACUGGCCAGUACUUGGCCAUGGACACCGACGGGCUUUUAUACGGCUCACAGACACCAAAUGAGGAAUGUUUGUUCCUGGAAAGGCUGGAGGAGAACCAUUACAACACCUAUAUAUCCAAGAAGCAUGCAGAGAAGAAUUGGUUUGUUGGCCUCAAGAAGAAUGGAAGCUGCAAACGCGGUCCUCGGACUCACUAUGGCCAGAAAGCAAUCUUGUUUCUCCCCCUGCCAGUCUCUUCUGAUUAAAGAGAUCUGUCCUGGGUGUUGACCACUCCAGAGAAGCUUUGAGGGGUCCUCACCUGGUUGACCCAAAAAUGUUCCCUUGACCAUUGGCUGCGCUAACCCCCAGCCCACAGAGCCUGAAUUUGUAAGCAACUUGCUUCUAAAUGCCCAGUUCACUUCUUUGCAGAGCCUUUUACCCCUGCACAGUUUAGAACAGAGGGACCAAAUUGCUUCUAGGAGUCAACUGGCUGGCCAGUCUGGGUCUGAGUUUGGAUCUCCAAUUGCUUCUUGCAGGCUGAGUCCCUCAAUGCAAAAGUGGGGCCAAAUGAAAUGUGUUAAGGGGUCUGCUAAGUGGGACAUUAGUAACUGCAUACUAUUUCCCUCUACUGAGUAAACCCUGUCUGUGAUUCCCCCAAACAUCUGGCAUGGCUCCCUUUUGUCCUUACUGUGCCCUGCAAAUAUUAGCAAAGAAGCUUCAUGCCAGGUUAGGAAGGCAGCAUUCCAUGACCGGAAACAGGGACAAAGAAAUUCCCCCUUCAGAACAGAGGCAUUUAAAAUGGAAAAGAGAGAUUGGAUUUUGGUGGGUAACUCAGAAGGAUGGCAUCUCCAUGUAGAAUCAAUGAAGAAAGGGAGGCCCAGCCGCAGGAAGGCAGAAUAAAUCCUUGGGAGUCAUUACCACGCCUUGACCUUCCCAGGGUUACUCAGGAGCAGAGAGCCCUGGGUGACUUCAGGUGGAGAGCACUAGAAGUGGUUUCUUGAUAACAAGCAAGGAUAUCAGAGCUGGGAAAUUCAUGUGGAUCUGGGGACUGAGUGUGGGAGUGAGGAGAAAGAAAGGGAAACUGGCUGAGGGGAUAUCAUAAAAAGAGGAUGAUUUCAGAAGGAGAAGGAAAAAGAAAGUAAUGCCACACAUUGUGCUUGGCCCCUGGUAAGCAGAGGCUUUGGGGUCCUAGCCCAGUGCUUCUCCAACACUGAAGUGCUUGCAGAUCAUCUGGGGACCUGGUUUGAAUGGAGAUUCCGAUUCAGUGGGUUGGGGGCAGAGUUUCUGCAGUUCCAUCAGGCCCCCAGGUACAGGUGCUGACAAUACUGCUGCCUUACCCACCAUACGUUAAGGAGCAGGGUCCUGGUCCUAAAGAGUGUUAUUCAGAUGAAGGUGGUUCGACUCCCUGAACCUCACCUGACCUCAACUCACCCUUAAAAAUGCACACCUCAUGAGUCUACCUGAGCAUUCAGGCAGCACUGACAAUAGUUAUGCCUGUACUAAGGAGCAUGAUUUUAAGAUGCUUUGGCCCAAUGCCUAUAAAAUGCCCACUUUGAAGAUAUACAGAAACAUACUUCAAAAAUGUUAAACCCUUACCAACAGCUUUUCCCAAGAGACCGUUUGUAUUACCAUUACUUGUAUAAAUACGCUUCCUGCUUAAACUUGACCCAAGUGGCUAGCAAAUUAGAAACACCAUUCAUCUCUAACAUAUGAUACUGAUGCCAUGUAAAGGCCUUUAAUAAGCCAUUGAAAUUUACUGUGAGACUGUAUGUUUUAAUUGCAUUCAAAAAUAUACAGCUUGAAAGCAGUUAAACUGAUUAGUAUUCAGGCACUGAGAAUGAUAGUAAUAGGAUACAAUGUAUAAGCUACUCACUUAUCUGAUACUUACAUUUACCUAUAAAAUGAGAUUUUUGUUUUCCUCUGUGCUAUUACAAAUUUUCUUUUGAAAGUAGGAACUCUUAAGCAAUGGUAAUUGUGAAUAAAAAUUGAUGAGAGUGUUAGCUCAUGUUUCAUAUGAAAUUGAAGUAAUUGUUAACUAAAAACAAUUCCUUAGUAACUGAACUGUCAUAUUUAGAAUGGAAGGAAAAUGACAAUUUGUGAAAGUUCAAAGCAAUAGUGCAAUUGAAGAAUUGACCUAAGUAAGCUAACAUUAUGGUUAAUAAUAGUAUUUUAGAUUUGUGAAGCAAAAUGAUUUCAUAACUUUUUUGUUUUUGUUACUUGGAUAAGAUCAAUCUGUUUUAUUUUAGUAAAUCUUUGCAGGCAAGUUAGAGAAAAUGCAGUGUGGCUUAACAUCUCUUUAGUAUGAAGAUUUGGCCAGAAAAAGAUACCCAGAGAGGAAAUCUAAGAUAAUUAUAAUGGUCCAUACUUUUUAUUGCAUGAAUCAAACUCAACAUUGGCCAAGGAAAAUUAAAUACCAUUGCUAACUUGUGAAAUGGAAAUCUGUGAUUUCAGAGAUGCAAAGCAUUGUAGUAAAAACACCAAUGUGACCUCGACCAUCUCAGCCCAGAUAUCAUUCAUAUAUCUGUUCAACGACUAUUAAGGUGCCCACUGUGUGCUAGGCACUGUACUGGAUACUGGGGACCUUAUCUGUCUGGUUUGCUGCUGUAUCUUCUCCCAGGGCAUUAUAUUUAUGAUGAAAGAUGCUGUGGAUUCAAUUCUUUCAGUCAAGAAUAAACACAGACUUUGUAGGUUCCUGCUGAAUAAACAGCAAAUCCCAGAAACCCAGAUUUUGGAAGAAUCAGCAACCCCCAGCAUAAAAUAAACCCCUAUGAAAAUGUCAGAGGACAUGGCAAGGUAAACUUAGCAUUUUCAACUUUAGAACCAGGUCAGCUUCAGGGGGACUGCUUUCAAAUCAGCCAAAGAGCCUGUCAGAUCUUCUCAGAAGGAAGAGGUUGGUAGUUCCCUGCUCUGUUUUGAACAUGCUCUAUCUAGUUCAUUAACCUGGGGACAUUCCCAUUGCUGUCUUAAGUCAGUCUCAUAGCCAGCUCCUGUCACGUGCCUCUCAUAUGGAUUCAUUUUCGGGCCAGCUCUGAAUAAAGCAUCACGAACAUAUGUGCUUUUGGUCGUUUGCAAUGUGAUGGUGGUGGAGGUAGGUAUUGGUUUCCUUGGAAGGCAUGAUAAGAAAGAUUCCUAUGGCCAACAGUGUGUGUGAACAAAAAACUGAUUGGAGCAUCAGCUGUUACUGAAGGUCCUCGCUUUGUGUCAGAGGCAAAGGAACCCAAGUCGCCAAGUCCUCAGCCUUGAAUGUACUGCUGACAACUAAACUCACAGGCUGCAAAGCAGACCUCUGAUGAAGACGCCUGUCAUUUCACAUCACUGUCUUUUUGUGUAUCAUAGUCUGCACCUUACAAAUAUUAAUAAAUCUUCCAAUAAUAGGUGA